AUGAAGCAAGCAUCUGGAGAGACUCGUGCAGCCGAUGUGGAGAAACGAUGGUCGCGGCUGAUGCUGACUGGAGCAAUGGUUUCAGGAUUUCUGGCCGUUGCUGCCGUGUCAUUCGUGGGCUAUGCGUUCAACAAGCCAUGCACAUCUCCACAAGGAAGGGCAAUUGGAUACACCGGGUGCUUCAAUUGGGCGGAGUGGGUUGCGUCGGUCUUUGCCAUCAUGGCUGCCUUUGCCAGUAUAGGUUUCAUUGAACAUGCAGCCACCGCGGCCAUCCACAGUGCGGCCAUGAAGCACAGCCGUCUGGAGGGGAUCUCGUCUUUGGUGGUCCUGGGGCUACUCUGCCUCGCUGCUGCUUUGGGGGCCCUCCUCUUGCUGGCCAAGCCUUGGGAGACAUACCAGACGUACGAUGACGGCAGGACGAAGUCCGUCGACGAAUGGACCAUCGACGUUUGGAUGGUGUUUCUAGGCUACAGCGCAGUCUUUGCCUUCGGGCCGUUGGCACUGGCACUGGUCCUUGUGCUACAAAAUCUCCUCCAUCCUUGGAAGUGGGAGCCGGCUGAAACUUCGGAUGUGGAAACCAAUUCUGAGGGCAGUGGCAACUUUGAGCUUGAAGGUAGCAGCAGCAGCGCAAGUUCGGCUUCUGCAACUCGUCCCUCGACCUCGCUGUGUGCGGCUUCCCGAUGCCUGCGGCUGGUCGUGAUCCUAGCCUUCCUUUGGGCAUGCUUUCUUUUUACAGCUGCGAUGACGCCGAUUUGGAACUUCUCCAUGAACUCCUACUUCAAGAGUGUCUCGAAGUACGCGAUCUUUUACUGGCCUGUCGGCCAACUACCAUGCUCGAUCUUGGGGGGCACUGGAGAGGCAAACUGCGUGGGCCAUGGCCUCUGCAGGGAGAUUUCGCAUUGGCUGCCAGGAUUUCAGGUGGGGGUGGACGCGUGCCCGUGGUUCUCCUUCAAGCCCUUCCCCGACUGUGCCUUGUAUUACGGAUUCCUGACGCUCUUCGUCCUCUGCGGCGCGCUGGCGCACACGCGCCCGAUCUCAUGGACUCUUCGCUUUAACACACGUUGGUGGAGUUCGGAAAGGGUUUCAGGGUCCCUGAGCCCUAAACCUAGCGCAUUCGGCGCCAAGGGACGAAGGAGUCGUAGGUUUACGGGCGAGAAUCCUGAGACAAUCCGUACAUAUCUAAGGAUCCUACUUUAA